AUGAUGAAACUCAAAGAAAAGAUCGAAGAGUUUAUCUAUUUACUAAGUACAGAUGAUAAAUACUCAGAAUAUGAUUCGAGAAAGUCAUUCAAUAGGGUAAAUAAACCAGAUAUGGAGAACUUGCUCCAGUAUUCUUCCAGUCAGAAUGGUGAAGACACGGCUCACCAAGACAAUAGCCGAAACACCCUCGAAGGAGUCCAUGAAGUCAAACUUGCUUGGAGACAUAUUAAACAAUGGCUAAUCAAAUUUGCCCCAGACGUCAACAGUUCUUUACAGAGCAAAUGUACUAAUUCAGAUAUACGAGAUUUCCAAGAUGAUCUCCGUAUAGAAUUACCUAAUUGUGUUGUUGAGUUUUUCAAAUUAACCGACGGUCAAUCAAACUUUAGUAAUAUCAAUAUUGAAGCUGGAGGGUUAUUUUUCGGAUUGAAGUUAAUGUCACUUGAUGAGAUCAUGAUUAUGACUGAAAACUGGAGAAAAGUUUCCCGAGUCCUAAAUAGUGAAAUAUCGCAAAUUAAACAAACUACUAAUUUCCAUGAAUUAUCAAAGCUUCCAAUGCCACAUUUAAAUACCAACCAAUACAGAAAAAAAUUCACCGGAAGUGAAGAAUCAUUAAGCCGAACAUCAUUGGAAAUCACUCCAUCCCGAACAUCGUCCGCUUCGUCAUAUAGUUCGGAAACUUCAAGUUCUUCUUCUCAAUUUCAUAUCCCCAGACAAAGAUCCAUCCCUCCUGGAACUAUUCAUGAAACAUUCGCCCAUCCAAUGUGGAUCCCCAUAGUUACGGAUGAAGUUGGAAACUAUAUUGGAAUAGAUUUAUCACCACCUCCAGAUGGCUCAGGAACUUAUGGACAAGUGAUUCUAUUUGGACGUGAGUUUGAUUUCAAAUAUAAGAUUGCUGACAAUUGGGGUGAUUUCUUACUUAUAUUCGCUAAUGAUUUAGAACUGGGAAAUUGGGAUAUUAAAGAAAACAGGAAAAAUAAUGAUGGGGAUUUAUUUAUUGGAAAUGAAGGUGAAUUAGUAUUCAUGGACAAGGCAACAAAGACCGAAAUACCCUAUUUGGAAGUUUUGAAACGUAGAUCAUUAAAGAAAUGGAUGGCCUCACUUGAAUCAUCCGAUAAUGAAGAACAUAACCAUAUAGUCGAGGAAUUGAAAAUUGCUGAAACUUCUAUUCUUUCCUUAGAUGGCAGUUAUGGUGCUGUGGAUAGAUUCAUAAGUGACAACUUGGCACUUAUUGAUAGUGUUAACAGCCACAACAUGGCACAACAAUACCCACCGCUACCACCACCUGGACCACAACAAACGUAUAGACGUACGGCAUCUCAGAGAAAGAGUCCGUUGUCACAAGUGGUGACGGCGGAAAUGUCAGAGGAAUCUUCCGAGAAUACGCUUCAGGAAUUAGAUAUUACAAGUUGA